UUAUUGAAUGCUGCUCAAACCAUGUACCACAGAGUAAAGGAUAGACUGAACAUCUUUUUCUCUUUUCCACCGGUGUCAGUCACCACAGCCAAAUAUGUGCUGGACUCCACCCCUGUGGAGACACUCAGACGUUCUAAGUCCGCUGACACUGCUCUUGUUGAGGACAGGAGCCGCCCUCCGUCUGUGAGAAGUGAGAAGCCUUUGUCAAAAGUCUGUUUGGCUAAAAGGUCUAAAGCCCUUGUGUCUUCGAGUGGCUCUUCAACAGACCACCAUGUAAUUGACACAUGCAGUGAGGAUUUCACUCUGCCCACCAGGAGUAUGUCAGUUGUGAGCAACAACAGUUUGAAGAGAGCCUCUCCUCUCCACGGCAGUGGAUUGAGUGAAAGUUGCAAACCUCUUGUGGCUCUAAAAGACGUAACAGUGGCAGUCAGCCAAGAAGGCUUUAGCAAAACUGCAAAGAAGACGCUCAGCUUGAUCCUAAAUGUGAUCAAGUGUAGAGUGGCCAACUCUGAGAGUUCAUCUGUUGGGCAGAUUGCAAGUGAGGAGUGUCUGAUGGCCACUAACAUGUUAGACUCUGUACUGGAGAGCCUUGACCAGUUGUCAGACAUGAGUGCUGCCGAUGAGAUCACAAGGACAGAAUCCCAUUCCUCUAUCGCAAUGGAUGAGAAAGGUUCACGGUCAACGCUUGUGAGCCAACAAGAAAUAAACAUAUCUGACACCAAUAUCAUAGUGAAAACUAUAAUGGACACAAUCAAGACGGACGACCCAGAGAUGACUUCAGCAGAAGAAAAUCUGGAUAGGCUCCUGUCAGUUGAAGCCCUUCAAGGUGCGUCUGGCAACCUGAUUGCAAAGGUCCAUGGUCUUAUUCAGGAGAUAACCAUAAACCGCCAGCUUCAAUCAAUGGUUGGCCACAGAAGCCUCUCUCAACCAGCGCUGCCUAAACCAGCCCUGAGGAAGCUGUCAAAGGACGAUGCCUCAGAGCUCAUUUACAACUUUGCCCAGACUUCUGUUAGGAGACUCCUGGGGCAGUGUAUGGGAAGGCCUAUGCCACCAUCGGCUGAAAUGGUUUUGGAUCAGGUCAUCAAGUUGAUGACAGACGUGGUGAUGGACAGCCUGACUUAUGUGUCCAAGUCUACAAUGGAGGAUGACACCAGCAAUGCCACAAGUGACAUCACUCAUGGUGUUGUAGCUGACCUUAAUGCUACUGAGGAAUUCCCUGCCAGGAGCCUUAGCCCGGCUGAUGUAAAGGCUGACGGCAUGGCCCGUCUUCCCUCUGCCAGAGGGGAAGAGACUAAGAAGAACAGGAAGUGGCGUUUCCUACCGAAAAUGCAUUCGUUUCCAAAGAUCAUGAUUAAGCUGUUCAAGACAAAAGGGGAACCGAAGAGACACCCUGAACUGGAUGCGCUGCCUACCAAACGUCUCAGAGAGACUCAUAUUUCACAGGAUGCUGAGUGUGAGGUUCCAGAGUUUCCAUCCACUUCCCCACCCAAAGAGGACCUGACAACCACACCAGCCCCUGCUCCCCAGGAGUCCCAGUCCCGUAAACGCCCACUCAUAGUCAGGGUGUUACACGCUCUCUCCAGAGCCAUCUCCAAACCAUUCAGAGGAGCUUCUGGGAAGAAGAAUUAGCCAAAUGCCUGAUUUUAUUAAUAUGAUAUUUUAAUCAGAGCCUUUAUUUAAUAAAACAAUACUGCAUUGAUUUCUGUCUAUAGUAGUCUUCAUGUAUGUGCAAGAUAACGGUAAAGUACUUCAAACCACAUAGUCAAAAGUAUUCAUAGUGAAGUACCGUUUAUGAUUAUUGAUUGUGGAAAUACACAUAAUACAGAAAAGUUGUUGUCACAUAUAAAGACAGACAUAAAGGAGAACUCUGUAGACCAGUCACAUUCUCAAGCCAUAACUAAAUCCAUGAAUGGAUCUCCUAUAAGAUGACAGGAGAACAUUUGUAACACUUUCUAUGAAGCCUAUAUCUAUAAUGCAUACACUCAAGUCAUUUACAUUUUACAUUUUAGUCAUUUAGCAGAAGCUCUUAUCCAGAGCGACUUACAGUUAGUGAGUGCAUACAUUUUUUUUUCAUACUGUCAUACACUCAUAAUGACUUAAUUGAGUUAAGUGUUAAGUUAAGUGCAGUUAUAAACACAUAAUGAGGGCUUAUUAUGUAUUUCUUGCAAUAAAAUAGAAAAAUGCUACUAGUUUAUUAAAUAUUCAUGACUGCUAUUGCACGGCUCAUGUCCACACUUCUGUACAAUAGGGGGCAGUAAUGCACCAUAACGUUGGAUGCCAACUGCCUAUAAACCCCACUGAAGAAGAAAAAGCUACUCAUGUAAUGCAUGCUGGAAAGCAGACAAAAACUAAUGAUUUGCAAGAGAUCUAAACAAGAUUUAUAAGCUACUGAACAACAAGUCCAAGAAAUCAUUGCUAACCGCGUUUGCACUUUGAACAGAUUUCUCGACAAUAAUAAUGGAAGAUGUGACUGGGGCUCAGCUCAUUGCAGAGGCACUAAAAGCUCAGAAUGUAGAAUAUAUGUUUGGAAUAGUUGGUGUUCCAGUCAUUGAAGUAGCUAUGGCAGCUCAAUCCUCAGGAAUAAGCCACCUUUUUAUUACUAAACCAGCUCUCCCCAAAUCAUGUGAUAUUAACUACCCGUACAUAGACUACAGGAGCGUGUAGUGUGUGAGGGUCAGUUUCAUAGCUUUUUUGCAUUGCUAAUUAUGUCUGCCUGUCUGUCUGAUCCUUUGUGUGUCUGUCUGCCUGUCUUCCUGUCUGUCCCUCUGUCUGUCUGUUCCUCUCCAGUCCAGGUGCGUGUCUGGUUGUGUCUGGACCGGGACUCAUCCAUGCACUUGGUGGAAUGGCCAACGCUAACAUGAACUGCUGGCCUGUGAUUGUUAUUGGAGGCUCCUCCGAUCAAAACCAAGAGACCACUGGGGCGUUUCAAGAGUUUCCACAGGUGAAGGCAUGCAGAUUGUACAGUAAGUUCUCUGCUAGGUCUAGCAGUCUGGAUAUGAUCUCCUCAGUGGUAGAGAAGGUAUACAGUCUACUCUGACUCCCUCUGUGUAGUCCUCUUCAUAUCAUUUGGUAUCACCUGCAAUUGUCUGUUUUCUGACCUCUAAUUUUCCAGCUUAGCAAGGUACCUUAACUGCUUCAUAAGAGCACAGCACAGCCUUAAUUGAUCUGAAUGGAAGGGUGUUUGGUCUGUCUAAGGCAGCACGCACUAGCAUGUAUGGACGUCCAGGUGCUGUAUACGUAGACAUAUUUGGGGACAUGGUCAAUGCUAAAUUGGACAGGAGCAGAGCCAGAGAGGUGCCCUGUAGUCCACCUCCUCCUGUGAGUAUGGCUGACCAUAUGGCGAUCACAGAAGCACUGGCGGUCCUGAAAGGAGCCAAACGGCCUUUACUCAUCAUUGGCAAAGGUGCAGCCCAUUGAAGAGCAGAGGGGGCUCUGAAGGAGCUGGUGGAGGGGUGUGACCUGCCCUUCCUGCCCACCCCCAUGGGUAAAGGGGUGCUGCCUGACGAUCACCCCAACUGUGUUGCUGCUGCCCGCUCCAGAGCUCUGCUCCAGUCUGAUGUUGUGGUCCUACUUGGUGCCAGACUCAACUGGAUCCUGCACUUUGGCCUUCCCCCCAGGUCAAUGUCAAGGUUGAUCUGUGUGCUGAGGAGAUGGGGAACAACGUGCAACCUGCUGCUGCUCUCCUGUGGGACAUCAUUACUAUUGUCAAGCCUGUAACACAACUCAGUCCUGGGGGACAUCAGUGCUAUUGUCAAGCAGGUAACACAACUCAGUCCUGGGGGACAUCAAUACUAUUGUCAAGCCUGUAACACAACUCAGUCCUGGGGGACAUCAGUGCUAUUGUCAAGCAGGUAACACAACUCAGUCCUGGGGGACAUCAAUACUAUUGUCAAGCAGGUAACACAACUCAGUCUUGGGGGACAUCAAUACUAUUGUCAAGCAGGUAACACAACUCAGUCCUGGGGGAAAUCAGUGCUAUUGUCAAGCAGGUAACACAACACAGGCAUCUAAUAUCUGCCCUAUAUCUGCAUAUUCUUUUUUAAAGAAACAAGCAUUGAUUGUCCUGCAGCACAGCAAUCUCCUGGAGUACGUUCAUAAAGAUGGCUGGAGGUAUCCAGCUGAUUCAGAAUGGUGGACCACGUUGAAAGAGAAGAUGGUUGCUAUGACAAAGGUGACAAAGGCGUUAGCUCUACAGUCGACAACACCCAUGAACUACUACCAAGUGUUCCACCACAUCUCCCAGCUGCUGCCCCACGACUGUGUCAUCGUGAGUGAGGGGGCCAACACCAUGGACAUCGGGCGCACCAUGUUGAACAACUACCUUCCUCGACACAGGCAAGGCAUGCCGCCUCACACAGAGAUCAAAGGUCAAAUCCGCCAAGUAUCCUGUGCCUUUGCCCUGAAGACAAGUAGGAAUGAGUUGGGAUCUGUUGAUAGUUCUGCCUGAGAAGACUUCUCAAUGGAGUGCUGCCUGACAGGCUGACUGGAUGACUUCUCAAUGUAGUGCUGCCUGCCACGCUGACUGGAUGACUUCUCAAUGUAGUGCUGCCUGACAGGCUGACUAAAUUACUUCUCAAUGUAGUGCUGCCUGACAGGCUGACUAAAUUACUUCUCAAUGUAGUGCUGCCUGACAGGCUGACUAAAUUACUUCUCAAUGUAGUGCUGCCUGACAGGCUGACUAAAUUACUUCUCAAUGUA